UUUCGCUAUGAUAUCAUCACAGCAGGAAUCGCCCAUCUUACUGCAGUAACCUUCACCUUGACCGUAUCCUCGUGUCAUCCCCACUAACAAGUAACAAUACCGUGUUCACAGCCGUGUAAACCGGUUUUUGGGACCCUGUAAUAAUCGACAUGAAGCCACUACUAAUUCUUCAAAUCCACCCCACUCUCACAAAUUGGUCCUUCUCAUCUCAUAUCUGCACUCUCACUUUCUUCCUGAAAUUUUCAAAUUCAAAUUUUCAAAGUCAAUUUUAUGGGUAUGUAGACCUUAAAUGUGUGUACGUGACUUGGGGGGUUUUGAUGUACAUAGUUACACACAGAGACAAAGAAGAAUCUUUAAGGAAACAAAUGGCAUUACCACACCGCGAUUGGGUUGCAUCUGUAGCAGGUGUAUCUCCGACUAGUUCCUAAUCUAUUUAUUUCUCAACUUAAUUUAGGUUUUAGUAAUAAUUGUGAGAAUGGUAAAACACCGAAAUUCUGCGGAGUUGGGGGCCGUGGUGGUAACAGUUUUGGUAAUUGUUAGCGCAACCCAAGCCCAAUUAUUUUCAUCAGUGGAGACGGGAGGCAAGAAAGUGUACACAUUUUAUCCACAAAGUGGAACUCCGCUCACAUUCAAUUCGCCAGAACAGCAACCACGCCAAGUACAAAAUCUUCAAGAACCAAUUUCUGUAUAUACUUCGGCAUCUGCCUCACCUUCGUUGCUAGAUGCUAACUCAAUUGCUACCCUAUUUCGGGAUGACCCUGCCCCACCACAAACGCAGGAAUAUGACGAAGAAGAGCAAAUUAUGACUCAUAGGAGCAGUCCUACCAGCAACAUGAUCAUGACUGGACCCCAAUACGCUUACUCGUACUCUCCCCAACCAACGACUACUUUUGGUUCGAUGAUCGCUCCAUUCCAGUCUCACCAAUAUCCGCAACAGACUUCUUCCUCCACACCAAUUGGAAGUCUGAGCAGUUGGUACUUGGCCAACGGGGGUAGUGAAAGUGCUGCUGGAAGCAAUUUCCACAGGCACAGUGAACCUAUGGAAUCAGCCUCAGCAUCUGACGCGAUAUCCCAGGUACCAAGUUUCACGUCAUCCAUCACUUCCAUGCUCAACACGGCCACGCAGCAUCUCCAACAACAGUAUCCGACCCCACUCCAAGCGUUUGCUGCAUCCUUGCUCCACGGCGGUGGAGCUGGUGUUAGCAACGCACACUCACAUGUGCAUCAUGAUUCUUCCAUUUCGCCUUCCGAAUUUAGUGGAGGAUGGUCCGAGCCACACCCGCCUCACACGACGAUUCACCACCCACCCACCUCCGUCGUCCACUUGCCCCCUACUUACCACAACCACGACCCAUUUGGGCCCCCACCUGUGCAAGUGAAAGUGUUCUCACCACCGAGACCACCACCAAUCGUCCAAUAUGUGAAAGACUCUGUGGCCAACUUUCCCUGGAAUCCGUACGGGAACCACCAGCUAAAAUUCUUCUCCACCGUGGGGAAGACGUUGGACUCCACGUUGGGUGGGGCUUGGGCGGCCAGGAGGGCGUUGAAAAAAGGUGUCGGUACGGUUCUCUCGUCCAAGGUCAGACUUGGUGGGACUUUAGCCUACGUGGGAUCUGAAGUUGUCGCAAAGGCGAUUGACGUUGUGGCUUCUGUGUAACACAGCGCUUCCUGAUUACUAUUUAAUUUACAUUAUUUAAUUGUGUUGAUAAAUGUGUAGUAAUUAUUGUGUGUAUGAAUGCAUUAAUUGUACUUGUUGAGUAACUGUAUGACGACACGAAUUACAAAUUGAACUUUUAGAUUACGCUUCUAUUUACGUGCGUGUUAUGGUAGAGACUUCAUAAUUAAAGACAAUUCUUGAUGAGACUCCCAUCCAGAAAUGUCUUUAAUUUUAAUUCUUUAACCAUAGUUAUGUUUGAAAUCCAUUUGAGCAUUUGCAUAAUAUGUAUUUAAUUCCUACGAACGAUGUACACAUUUUGGUUGACGUACCUCACAAUACAAUCAAAACUACCCGGGUAUUAUCUAGAUAUUAUUUUGAUUUAUGUAUUAUUAUUAUUCUCAUCUUAAAUUUGAGCUAUGUAUAUAUAA